GGAAAUCGUGCAGGCUGACGGCGCGAAAUCAAAGAUCCUGGCGGACGCCGUCAUUCUCACCACUGGCGGAUUUUCAAACGACAAGACCUCCGAUUCCCUCCUCCGCGAGUUUGCGCCGCAGCUGUCUGGCUUCCCCACAACCAACGGGCCAUGGGCCACGGGUGACGGUGUCAAGCUGGCACGGCGCCUUGGUGCGACGCUUGUGGACAUGGACAAGGUGCAGCUUCACCCGACAGGCCUCAUCGACCCGAAGGACCCUGCCAGUGCAACCAAGUACCUCGGCCCGGAGGCGCUGCGCGGGUCGGGCGGUGUGCUGCUAAACAAGAGGGGCGAGCGGUUUGUCAAUGAGCUCGAUCUCCGCUCCGCGGUCUCCAAGGCGAUCAUGGAUCAGGGUGACGAAUAUCCGGGCUCCAACGGCAGCACCUUUGCCUUCUGCGUGCUCAACGAUGCGGCGGUAAAGCUUUUUGGCGUCAAUGCUCACGCCUUUUAUUGGAAGCGCGUGGGCCUCUUUGUGAAGGUGAACACGCUGGAGGAGCUUGCAGAGCUCAUCAAGUGUCCUGCGGAAAAUGUGCGGAGCACGCUGGAGGCAUACGAGGAGCUCUCAAAGACCUCUCGCCAAUGCCCAAAGACCCGCAAGAGCGUCUACCCGUGCGUGGUGGGCCCGCAGGGACCCUUCUACGUCGCCUUUGUGACGCCGUCGGUUCACUACACGAUGGGCGGCUGCCUCAUCUCGCCCGCGGCCGAGAUUCAGAUGGAAGGAAGCGAUUCUUCCUUCUUUGGUCACCGUCGCCCCAUUCUCGGCCUGUUUGGCGCGGGUGAGGUGACGGGUGGGGUGCACGGCAGGAACCGACUCGGUGGUAACUCGCUGCUGGAAUGCGUCGUCUUUGGCCGCAUUGCGGGCGAUCGCGCGGCGCACGCCGUGAGCAGGAAUGCCACUUCUCUGUGGCAUGACAAGUGGACUCGGCUGACGUUGCGGAGCUCCCAGGCGGACGAGAACGGUUUUGUGUGGCUUCAGUUUAGCCUUCCAGGCAGUCUUCAAAUGUCCGGGCUGGCGCCCCUACAGGGCAUGGCGUUGCGGGCUCGUGGCGGCGACAAACGCGUGGAGGCGUUUACCCCAUUUACGUUGCCUGAUGAUGUGGGUGUGAUUGGUAUUGUGCUGAAUCCGUGGCUCGCUGGGAACGGCUCCUCGUGGCUCUCUACGCUGCAGCUGGGCGAUGCUGUGGAGGCGACGGCCGCAGAACCCGUGGAUAGCCGCUACACGACGCUGCUGAAGGCAUCAAAUAAGGUUGUUAUUGCCACCUCCCGCGGGCUCGCCCCCAUGCUGCAAAUCCUUCGCGCCGCAACGGAAAGGCCCAACGACGCGGCAAACGUCCAAUUGAUUUACCUCGCAGAUCGAGCGUCUGCCAUUCCGCAUCGCGAGGGGCUGGAGGCGUUGGCGAAGGCGUUUCCUCGACGCUUCCGCUGCACCUUCGUUCUGCAGCACCCACCCGCGCGGUGGGCAGGCGGGGUGGACUACGUCGACGAGAUUGCCACCUCCGUCUUUCCCGACCCCGCGCUGGGCAUCUUUCUCUGCGGCGCCACCGAGGAGACACGGUCUAUUAAGGCGUCCCUGCUUGCACUGGGGCACAGCGCCGACAGGAUCGCGACUGUGGCGUAG